CCCGAGUCGAGCAUGCAUCGGUGCGUCGUUGCCGCCGCGCGGCGUCCACGCGCCAUUGUUGCGGCACCGCGCUUCGUGCGCCCGUAUUCGGCAUGCAUCAAGUAUGACGUCGUUGUGAUUGGUGGCGGACAUGCUGGCUGUGAGGCUGCAGCAGCGGCUGCAAGAACAGGGGCUCAAACUGCAUUGCUCACACAGAAACUCGAUACGGUCGGGGAAAUGUCGUGCAAUGUGCGUCGCUCGAUGUUGUUCGUUCAUGCCUAAUACGUGGAUCGCAGCCCUCGAUUGGUGGUGUUGGAAAGGGCACAUUGGUUCGCGAAAUUGACGCGUUAGAUGGACUCAUGGGCCGGGUGGCCGACUCGGCGGGCAUUCAAUUCCGUAUGUUGAAUGCGUCCAAAGGUCCUGCUGUUCGUGGACCACGCGCUCAAAUGGACCGCGAUAUUUACCGACACAACAUGCAAGUCGCUCUCCAAGACCAAGAAAACUUGUCCAUGGUAGAGGCUGGUGCAGAAGACAUCUUGAUUUGCGCUGAAACGGGGCGCGUGACGGGAGUCGUCACGUCCGACGCACGCACGAUCCACACCUCGGCAGUGGUAAUUACGACUGGCACGUUCCUGCGCGGUCGCAUCUUUAUCGGGGACAAGUCGUUUCCCGCUGGUCGAGCUCUUCGCGAGUCGCACGGCGUCGAAGCACCGUCGAUGGGCCUUGCUGCAACAUUGGAGCGAUUCAAGUUUCCGUUGGGUCGUUUAAAAACGGGCACCCCUCCUCGUUUGGAUGGACGAACAAUCUGCUUGGACGGUUUGGAAGUGCAACCCAGCGAUGUCGCUCCAACUCCGUUUUCGUUCCUUCAUGGGUUCGACCAGCCGUUGCCGCUGCACGCAUCGUUUCGCCCGUGCCACGUCACGUACACCAACGAAGCCACGCAUGCCAUCGUACGCGAGAACCUGCAUUUCUUGCCGCAGUAUUCCGAGAACGACGGCAAAGGCAUUGGACCUCGAUACUGCCCAUCCAUUGAUGCCAAGGUGACUCGGUUUGCCGACCGUACGAGGCAUCAAGUCUGGCUUGAGCCGGAAGGUCUCCACACGGACGUGGUGUACCCCAAUGGCGUGAGCACGGCGUUGCCAGAGCACUUGCAAGUCGACUUGAUUCGAACGAUUCGUGGCUUGGAACGUGCCGAGUUAGUCAAACCGGGGUAUUCGGUCGAGUACGACUUUGUCGACCCGCGAGCACUGCACCACACCCUUGAAACAAAGCACGUCCCAGGGCUGUACUUGGCUGGUCAAAUCAACGGCACGACCGGGUACGAAGAGGCUGGCGCGCAGGGCAUCAUUGCAGGAGCCAACGCAGGCUUGCGAGUUCGUGGGAAACCAUCGUUUACACUGGAUCGCGCCGACGGCUUCAUUGGCGUGCUCAUUGACGACCUUGUGAGUUUGGGCACGAAAGAGCCCUACCGCAUGUUUACGUCUCGGUCCGAGUACCGCUUGAUGUUGCGCCAGGACAAUUGCGACUUGCGAUUGACUCGACGCGCGUACGAAGCUGGGUUUGUGUCUGAACAGCGCAUGGACGUGUUGAGACACAAGGAAGCGCUCGUGAACGACGCGUGGAAAAGCUUGCUCGGGUUCGAAAUGGACCCUCAUGAAUGGAGCAAAAUGGACAACUUGACCAUGUCGAAAGACGGCGUCAAGCGGUCUGCCGCCGACGUGCUUGCGUUUCCCCACGUGUCGUGCGACGAUGUGCUGCGCAUGUGGCAAGCCAAAGGAUACCAAAAAGAUAUCCAUCCCAUCGUGCGAGCGUACAUGAAGACAGAGUGCUUGUACGCAACCCAGCUGCGACUACAACAAAAGGAAAUCGACGCGCUUCGGUCGAAAGCCCAUGUUCGACUGCCGGAAGAUUUGGACUAUGCGUCGCUGCCCAUGCUGUCAAACGAAGAGAAGGAAAAACUGCUCGACGCGCGCCCCACGACACUGCAUGCUGCUAGUCGAAUCAGUGGCGUCCGAUCCGCCACUCUCUUGCUGCUGUAUCAGUACGUGUCGCGGUCAAAAAAGGAAAAGCUCGCGCGACACAAUAUCACAACGACUGCCCACAACCAGUCCAAGUAAUGACCAUUCAUCACCCGACGUGCUUGUAUUUGACGCUGCAGUGUUGGCAAUGCUGAUGGCAUGGCUUGCCAGUGGCGUUUGCUUCCCCAUCACGCUGGACAUGCUUCCACUAUGACUGGAUGUUGUUCAGCUUCUCAAACGCCAACAUAAGCGCUUGGGUGCCGAGACGGCCGCCAUGUUCUUGCGCCUACGACAGAGCAAUGUCCUCGACAAGCUGGUUCCAGUUCGCUCACGUACCUGCACAGCGACGUAGAGCUGGUUUGCCAGCGCCAACCCAGGCAACGAUAAACCCAUGCUACAUCAUCCGAGCCCAUCAAUCCCUUCGACUGUCGUUGCCACGUACGCUUGCGAUUCCUUGAGGGCAAUCCCCAAGUCCUUGAUGAAAUGGUCGACCAUAAACCCAGGUUUAAAGUCCCGCCUGGCAAUACGUGGCCCGAGGUUGUUGAUGGACCACGAGCCUGCUGCGCCGGCACCGACGGCUGCGAUUGCCUCGUUCAGGUCCAGCCCACUCUUGUGCGCGUACAACAAGCCCUCGACGACGCCAAUCAUGUUGGUGGCAAUCAAGAUCUGUGGCAGCACAACGUCAUGACACAUGGCCAUGGCAUCGCAUUCUGCAUUCGACAGUACGAACUUGGUUGACCAUCUUGGUGUGUUGGCCAGCGCCGGCGCCGCCCAUGUGCCGAAUGUUCUUGCCCAUCAAUUUGAACAACGGGAGGACUCGUGCAA